UGUGUGUGUGUCGGUGAGCACCAGCAUAGGAGGGAGAGGAGAAGGAGAAAAGACAGCUCUACGACGUGUUCUUUUGGAAACAGAACGGAGUGCUGGGCUGUCUCUCGUUUUCCUCCGUUCUCUCGCCCAUACGCUCUCUCUCUCUCCUCCUCCUCCUCCGCAAGCCUCCCUUCCUCAGUUGUAACCGUGCGGUUGCCAAGAGAGCUGUAGUACAGUAGCGACGGUAACUAGGUACGAUCUCCCGGACAUUUCUCCCGGUCUCCAGAGCCUGAAUGUCGACCAGCUCCUCUUCUCCGCGGAAGGACUUCGAUGUGAAGCAGAUCCUCCGGAGUCGAUGGAGGUGGUUCGGUCACCCGGCUGUUCCCCCGCCCAACAACCCCCCGCUAGGAGACGUCUUUACCGGGAGAGGAGCGGGGGCCAGCCCCGGAGAGUGCCAGAGCCCCUCUGUUAGUGUCUGUUCUACCAGUAACGGAACCGUUAACGGUGCCAGUACAGGAAAUAGUGGUAACGCCAGUUGUAGCGGCAAUAGUUCACGCAACGCCAACAACAGAAAGUUUGUGGAUAAUUCCAAUUGGAUAAUGAGUCCCACUGAUUACCUCCCGGUAACAGCGUUUACAGCCGCCGCAGCUGGACAUUCCUCUUGUCCGCGGUCAUUCAGCCAGGCGGAGUGGGUCGCACCGUUGUCUUUCUCUCACUCUCGGCCGGUAACAGACACAGAGCGCCCCGGGGAGGGCUCGUCGCUCCUCCAACCGGCGGUACCGGAGGCGUCUGUUCCCUCGGCUGAAGAGGAGACGGGACUGACGGGAGCCGAGAGUAAUAAUAACCACGACGACACGGCCUCCAGCUCCUGCAGGACUUCCAACAGCAGCGCAACGCUGUCCUCAUGUGUGUCGAUGGAACCGUGUGUCCCCCCCGACGAGUGUGUGCACACGGCUCACACACACGCAGAGCUGACCUUCAGCAGGAUGGAGACCUACCUCCGAACCAAGCAGCUGUGUGACGUCACUCUGGUGGCAGGGGACAGGAGGAUACCUGCUCACAGAUUGGUCCUGUCGUCGGUGUCCGACUACUUUGCGGCCAUGUUCACCAGUGAUGUCAGAGAGGCCAAACAGGAAGAGGUUAAGAUGGAGGGGGUGGACCCUGAUGCAUUGUGGGUGCUGGUACAAUACGCUUACACAGGUCGUGUGGAGUUGAGAGAGGACACUAUAGAGUGUAUACUGUCAGUUUCAUGUCUCCUCCAGCUCCAGUCGGUGGUCCAGGCCUGCUGUAACUUCCUCAUCAAACAGCUCCACCCGUCUAACUGUCUGGGGAUACGAAGCUACGCCGACACACAGAGCUGUACACACCUCCACCACACUGCUCACAGUUACACCAUGGAGAACUUUGUAGAGGUGGUUGAAGGUCAAGAGUUCCUCCUCCUCCCGCUAGAAGAGAUGGACAGAUUGUUGUCCUCCGACGAUAUGAAUGUUCCAGACGAGGAAACCGUGGUUACAGCAUUGCUAAGCUGGGUCCGCCAUGACGUUUCCACCCGGCAACCACACCUGCCCUCACUCCUCACUCACAUACGACUGCCUUUACUGCAAGCACAGUUCCUAGCAGAUGUGGAGUGUAACCCUCUGCUCAGAGACAGUGUGGAGUGUCAGAGGCUUCUAAUGGAAGGUAUGAAGUACCAUCUCCUGCCUCACCGGCGCCCCCUGCUGCAGAGCCCCAGAACCAGACCUCGUAAAUCUACUGUAGGAGCCAUGUUCGCUGUUGGGGGUAUGGACGCUACCAAAGGGGCCACCAGUAUAGAGCAGUACUGCCUGCGUCGGGACGCGUGGAGCCAGGUGGCGGUGUUGAGCGGCCGCAGACUCCAGUUUGGGGUGUGUGUGUUGGACCGACGCCUGUACGUGGUCGGGGGUCGGGACGGACUGAAGACCCUCAACACCGUGGAGUGUUACGACCCGGACGGUGGCAGCUGGAGCGUCAUGACGCCCAUGUCCACACACAGACACGGGCUGGGUGUGACGGUACUUGAGGGUCCAAUGUAUGCAGUAGGAGGGCAUGAUGGGUGGAGCUACCUCAGUACUGUAGAGAGGUGGGAUCCUCAGGCUCGUCAGUGGAGCUUCAUCGCCAGCAUGGCAACACCUCGAUCUACUGUAGGAGUAGCUGUACUCAGCGGGAAGUUGUAUGCAGUAGGGGGUCGUGAUGGAAGCUCCUGUCUGCGCUCCGUUGAGUGUUUUGACCCCCACACCAACAGGUGGAGCUGCUGUGCUCCGAUGGCGAAGCGGCGCGGCGGGGUGGGCGUGGCUACCUGGAACGGUUUCCUGUACGCUAUUGGAGGACAUGACGCUCCCGCCUCCAGCCUGGCAUCACGACUCAGCGAUUGUGUGGAGAGGUACGACCCCCAGACGGAUGCGUGGACGGCGGUAGCCCCCAUGAGUAUCAGUCGUGACGCUGUUGGUGUGUGUCUCCUUGGAGACCGUCUCUAUGCGGUCGGUGGUUACGAUGGAACGGUGUACCUGAACACUGUCGAGGCCUACGAUCCCCAGACCAACGAGUGGACACAGGUGGCUCCACUGUGUCUGGGCCGGGCUGGGGCCUGUGUGGUCGCUGUCAAACUGUGAACACUCUCUCACAGCUGAACACUCUUUGGACCCUCCCCAUUCUUCCUUGUCUCCAGGGUUACCACCAAUGGGAACGACGUUUACCUCUUAACAUUCCACUAAAACCAGGAAGACAUUAUAGACAUUGAGUUGGAGAGGAGAUUACUGAUUACUGUCGGGGGGGGAAGUCAGUCAGCCUGUCGUAUACAUCUAGGGGCCAACACAAGCCCCUGAACACACACACACACACACACACACACACACACACACACACACACACACACACACACACACACACACACACACACACACACACACACACACACACACAGAGAUACAUCUAGGGGCCAACACAAGCCCCUGAACACACACACAGAUACAUCUAGGGGCCAACACAAGUCCCUGAACACACACAGAUACAUCUAGGGGCCAACACAAGCCCCUGAACACACACACAGAUACAUCUAGGGGCCAACACAAGCCCCUGAACACACACAGAUACAUCUAGGGGCCAACACAAGCCCCUGAACACACACAGAUACAUCUAGGGGCCAACACAAGCCCCUGAACACACACACAGAUACAUCUAGGGGCCAACACAAGCCCCUGAACACACACACAGAUACAUCUAGGGGCCAACACAAGCCCCUGAACACACACACAGAUACAUCUAGGGGCCAACACAAGCCCCUGAACACACACAGAUACAUUUAGGGGCCAACACAAGCCCCUGAACACACACACAGAUACAUCUAGGGGCCAACACAAGCCCCUGAACACACACACAGAUACAUCUAGGGGCCAACACAAGCCCCUGAACACACACACAGAUACAUCUAGGGGCCAACACAAGCCCCUGAACACACACAGAUACAUCUAGGGGCCAACACAAGCCCCUGAACACACACACAGAUACAUCUAGGGGCCAACACAAGCCCCUGAACACACACAGAUACAUCUAGGGGCCAACACAAGCCCCUGAACACACACACAGAUACAUCUAGGGGCCAACACAAGCCCCUGAACACACACACAGAUACAUCUAGGGGCCAACACAAGCCCCUGAACACACACACAGAUACAUCUAGGGGCCAACACAAGCCCCUGAACACACACACACACAGAUACAUCUAGGGGCCAACACAAGCCCCUGAACACACACACACACAGAUACAUCUAGGGGCCAACACAAGCCCCUGAACACACACACACACAGAUACAUCUAGGGGCCAACACAAGCCCCUGAACACACACACACACAGAUACAUCUAGGGGCCAACACAAGCCCCUGAACACACACACACACAGAGAUACAUCUAGGGGCCAACACAAGCCCCUGAACACACACACACACAGAUACAUCUAGGGGCCAACACAAGCCCCUGAACACACACACACACACACACACACACACACACACACACACACACACACACACACACACACACACACACACACACACACACACACACACACAGAUACAUCUAGGGGCCAACACAAGCCCCUGAACACACACAGAUACAUCUAGGGGCCAACACAAGCCCCUGAACACACACAGAUACAUCUAGGGGCCAACACAAGCCCCUGAACACACACAGAUACAUCUAGGGGCCAACACAAGCCCCUGAACACACACAGAUACAUCUAGGGGCCAACACAAGCCCCUGAACACACACAGAUACAUCUAGGGGCCAACACAAGCCCCUGAACACACACACACACACACACACACACACACACACACACACACACACACACACACACACACACACACACACACACACACACACACACACACACACACACACACACACACACACACACACACACACACACACACACACACACAGAUACAUCUAGGGGCCAACACAAGCCCCUGAACACACACACACACACACACACACACACACACACACACACACACACACACACACACACACACACACACACACACACACACACACACACACACACACAGAUACAUCUAGGGGCCAACACAAGCCCCUGAACACACACACACACACACACACACACACACACACACACACACACACACACACACACACACACACACACACACACACACACACACACACAGAUCCAUUUAGACGCUCCUGUUAAACAAUGGGAAAGUUGGACCGUCGAGGGACUAAGACGUUCCAAUGAAAAACGAUUCCUUUAUUUCCUGGACAGUAACUAUGUACCAGUCAGAUGUACAACACGUGUGGUGCUGCUGUUAUUCUCCCAGAGUAUCUCUGAUCUCUUAUAUCAUCGCUGUGCUGUAGUCAGUGUGUUAAGGUGAGCUGAGUGUGAGUGAGAGACAGUCCUGUGUAAAUAACAUAGAAGCUCCUGUGUUAAGACACAGUGGGGAUGUACCCUCAAAUGACACCCUAUUCCCUAUAAUAGUGGACUACUUUUGACCAAAGCCACAUACAGUAGGGCACCAUAUAUACCUUCCUCUCUUUCUCCCCCCUCUCCCCCAUCUCGCUCUUUCUCCCCCUUCUCGCUCUCUCUCCCUCUCUCUCCCCCUUCUCCCUCUCGCUCCCCUUCUCUCCCCUUCUGCCCUUCUCCUUCUCUCCCCUUCUGCCCUUCUCCUUCUCUCCCCUUCUGCCCUUCUCCUUCUCUCCCCUUCUGCCCUUCUCCUUCUCUCCCCUUCUGCCCUUCUCCUUCUCUCCCCUUCUGCCCUUCUCCUUCUCUCCCCUUCUGCCCUUCUCCUUCUCUCCCCUUCUGCCCUUCUCCUUCUCUCCCCAUCUCCCUCUCUCUCCCUUCUCCCUCUCUCCCCGUCUCCCUCUCUCUCCCCCAAUCUCCCUCUCUCUCCCCUUCUCCCCAUCUCCCUCUCUCUCCCUUCUCCCUCUCUCCCCGUCUCCCUCUCUCUCCCCCCAUCUCCCUCUCUCUCCCCUUCUCCCCCUUCUCCCUCUCUCUCUCCAUCUCCCUCUCUCUCCCCCCGUCUCCCUCUCUCUCUCCCCGUCUCCCCCUCUCUCCCCUUCUCCCCCUCUCUCCCUUCUCCCUCUCUCUCAUCUCCCUCUCUCUCCCUUCUCCCUCUCUCCCGUCUCCCUCUCUCUCCCCCCAUCUCCCUCUCUCUCCCCUUCUCCCCCUUCUCCCUCUCUCUCUCCAUCUCCCUCUCUCUCCCCACGUCUCCCUCUCUCUCUCCCCGUCUCCCCCUCUCUCCCCUUCUCCCCCUCUCUCCCUUCUCCCUCUCUCCCCCCGUCUCCCUCUCUCUCCCCCCGUCUCCCUCUCUCUCUCCCCGUCUCUCCCCUUCUCCCUCUCUCCCCCCUCCGCCUCAUGUCCUACCCAGGGAUGGAUAAAGAAAUGUAUGAUAAUAAACCAUUUGUAUUUAAAUUCA